GUGAGCGAGGACCGGGGGCGAGUGAGCGGUGACUGAGAGGAUGGAUAUCGGGGGCGGCGCCCUUCGCCCGGCUGCGCCGCUGGAGCGAAGCACGGGCACAAAACCUGGGUGACUUCUCCAUUUAAAACAUAUUUAAAAUAGACCUUCUGGCUCCGUAACGUUGCCGCAUGAGUAAUUUCCAAAUCGACAUUGUUGGUCCAACCCUUCCCCUCAGAAGACAUAGGAACAUUCACAGUGUUUUCCGUUUUCAUGGACAUAAUCUACUUCUUGGGUUUUUCAACUGCCAGACCCAUCCCCUGCCAACUUCUCUGCGGAACAUCAGCCACAGCUGUGCAUCAUGCCGCAGUGACCACAGUUAACGCUGCUCCUGGCUGUCUAUGCUGAAAGAAUACUUAAGAGCACAGCUAUGUUUUUUCUGCCUUUCCCAGUCAUAUGGUGAUCUGUUCAUGUAAGUGGGCUGGCUGCCUCGAGCCAAGAAAGACCGUUGUGAUUGAUUGACCUGUCACAUAGGGUGCAGAAUGCUGAGAUUCCCACAGAAGGACUGCUUCAAUUCCUUCAUCGUCUUGCAAUGUGUGUCCAUAUCACAACCUGAUGCUGUGGGGAUCUGCUAGUCCAAGGCUGACUCUGUUUUUGCUGCAGGCUGAGUCCUUGGCUUUGAAGACUUGUUGACAUAACUAAGAUUGACUCUUGGACCUUCUAGAGAAGAGACUUUCUCAUGGCCCUACUCCACUCCAACUGACCCUGUGACUGGAGAGUUCACUGUAGCUCUGUCCUUUGCUCUCCAGUUCCACAAGAUGAGCUCGUUCAGAAGGCCUCGACCUCGCUUCAUGAGCUCCCCAGUCCUCAGUGACCUUCCCCGAUUCCAGGCAACCCAACAGGCUCUUCAGCUCAGCUCCAACUCUGCCUGGAACAGCGUUCAAACAGCAGUGAUAAAUGUGUUUAAAGGAGGAGGCUUGCAGAACAAUGAACUUUACAUCCUCAAUGAAAAUAUCAGACAGCUGCUGAAGAGUGAACUUGGAUCCUUUAUCACAGAUUACUUUCAGAACCAGCUCCUUGCAAAAGGCUUACUGUUUAUAGAGGAGAAGGUUAAGCUGUGUGAAGGUGGGGAUCGUGUUGAUGUCCUGUCUGAAAUCUGGGAUCAUUAUUUUACAGAGACUCUUCCUACCCUCCAGGCAAUAUUCUACCCAAUCCAGGGCCAGGAGAUGACUAUUCGUCAGAUUGUUCUGCUUGGCUUCAGAGACUUGGUCUUGCUAAAAAUAAAGUUGGAAGAAAGUCUUCCUCUGGUUCAGACAAAGCUCCCAGCUUCCAUUGUCCAGAUGCUGUUAAUUCUGCAGAGUGUCCAUGAACCUACCGGCCCAAGUGAGGGCUACCUACAGCUGGAAGAACUGGUUAAGCAGGUGGUAUCACCAUACUUGGGUUUGUAUGAGGAUCGCAGCUUCUCUAGUAGCACCUGCUUGCUUGAGAGUCGGUAUUCCAGAUCCCAUCCUAAGACUGGUGUACUGAAUUAUCCAUCUCACAUGAUGACAAGCCGUCAGCCCAGUGAGAUGGCCCUGACUCCACUGACAGAGCAGGAGGGUGAGACUUACCUUGAGAAAUGUGGUAGCAUCCGUCGCCACACUGUUGCUAAUGCUCACUCAGAUAUUCAGCUCCUGGCAAUGGCCUCCAUGAUGCACACAGGAAUGGUGGUUGAGGAGUCAGACAUUACCGACAAAUGCCUCCUCCUGCAGCCCAGUUUUAGCCAGAGGCAGUGUUCCAGUGAGCCCAGUAUUGCUGAUGGUCCAGAGGGAGUCCUGGCAGCGGGCAGAGAGGACCCUGGAGAGCUGAACUGCACAUUGGUCAGCUAGAAGAAGUCUUGCUGAGGAGAGGAGAACUGUGUGCACUAAGGUGCACGGUGUCUUGUUAUCCCUGCUGGAAAAAAAGGAGAAAAAAAAAUGACUUGUGUCGUUGAAGUGAUCUUAUCUCUCUUUGGGAAUGCUCUCUAGAUAUGUUUUUCUUGCCUGUCUGGGAUCAUAGUUAAUGGAGGUACCAGGCUGCUCCCAAGUGAGCACUGAGGUCUACAAAGUUUUUGCUGUUGAACAGUGUCUACCUUCUGUAAGCUUUCUUCCUCUACUAGUCUAAACCCUUUGGCCUCAGGUUUCCUUCUGUUUCUUUGGUAUGGUACAAAUUAGCCUCUUUCUGCUUUUCUCCAUCUUUCCCAGCUCUGUGCUGCUUGUUAGCUCUAUUCCUGCAGCAGAGAAUUCUGUGCUAAGUGUUCUCUGCUUCUUGCACUAGGGUGGUGAUGGCUGAGGACUGCAAUUUUCUCUUUUAAAACUGAACUCAGGGGUGAAACCAUUUGUGUUCUGCAGAAGGAUCUGUUCAGAUGGCUUGUGACAGAAAGAGAUCUUUCACUUUGUGUCCGUGGGUGUGGAUGAAAAGUCCAAAUCCAAACAAAUCAGAUGUUUUUUUCCCCAGACCUGAAGAGAACUGAGCACACACAGAGUCUUGGUUGAGUACUUUGUAUGUAAUUUAUUUGGUUCCAGUCCAUAUCUUUUGGGACUGUUGGUGUAAAUUAGUUGCAAAAGUUGUAGGUGUGUAAAUUGAGGCAAAACAUAAUCCUGAGUGUCCUGGCAUUUGGCACCAAUUUAUUUUUGAAAUUUUAGUGGUGAGAGGGCUGCAAUGAAAGGCGAAAUCUAGAUGGAUUCCUUUAGGAAGGGGAUGCUGGGCAGAGUCUUCACUUGUGCUGGAGAUGUGAAGGGUGCUUCUCAGCACUGGGCCACCAUGAUUCCAGACCAGGAGGUAAUGAACAAGAUUUCAUCCUUAGGCUGCUCUGGUACUUUCAGCAUUUGCAGAUUUUGUAGACAACCAGUGGGGGUGUAGAAAGGAGUACUGUCUUGAUAAGUAUUCAUGAAGUGCUCCUGACCUCCCGUGGCAUCUGGCUUGGCACAGUGUUUCUUUUACAAUAAAGCGAGGGCUCUUUGCAGUCUUUGUUUUUGUUUUUAUUUUGAACAUUAGGAAUGAGUCCAGUCUGCAAGUGUCUGUUAGGCACUGUAGUCUACAGUGUCUGCUUUGUAAUAUCACUUUAUACUCAAAUGCUGCUUCUAUGGGAACAGAAUCAAUCUGUUUGAGUGUUCCUCUGGGAUAGUCUGCUGAUGUCUUGCUAAGCAGAUUUGCAAGUGUAAUUACAGGCUAAGAGGUAAACUGAAACGCUGCCUUAAAUGUCAAAUCACAUUAAAAAUACUGAUAUACUUCCACUACCAUUCAAAUCUAGUCACUGUGAUAGUGACUGUAAAUGAAUCUGUCUUGCCAAGGAAACAGAGGGUUAAGUUGAGGUUUCAGAAUGUUUCUUUGUGUGCUGUGACUUUAACUGCAGAAUUUGCACUGAUUCUCUUGGGCAUUAAGCAACUUCUGCUCCACUGGCUGCGCCAAAAGUACAGCUCUGACCUGUCAGGAUUUGGCCUUAGUAGCAUAUACAGCAAAAAGAAAGCAGAUUGCUAUUUAGUAAUGAAGCAUCAAAAAUACCAGCCACGAGCACAAGUCAUACUGCCUUUGUAAACUAGAGUAUUGUUUUUGUCUCCUGUGUUUUGCAGAUAUUGAAAGAGGUACUUGAAAGGGUCUGCUUUUUCUUGCAGUCAUUUAAGACGCCCUAGCUAUUGGCCUUUGUGGAAACACUGUGUUUUGAUCACAGGCUGUGUAUGUUGAAGAACAGAGAUUUAGUUAUACUUGGUGCCCCCUCUUUGGAGCAGGCACAGUCCAGUGGGCGCCAGGAAGAUGUGGCUUUAAGCAGUCUUCCCUUCAGAUAGAUUCUAGGAUAAAUUGCCCUUCUCUUCAUAAACUGGACUCCAGGCCAACUUAUUUGUCUGCCCCAAGGUGGCCAUAGGUUAUGAUGGGGCUUCAGAAUCUCUGUGGUGACAGCUGAACCUAGUAGAUAGACCAUGCUGGUCUCACCUUUGCAUGGUCCCUCUAGUACAGGGCAGAUGGUGGCAUCCUGCUCAAAAGGAAUUUAUUUGGCUCCUUGUGAUGAUUUAAAGCCUCCUCUUGGUCACAGUGAGGCAUGUAGGGAAGUGAUCAACUUGCGGCAUUUCAGUUGACUCUUAUGAAUGCUUCACUUCUAUUUCUCCUCUAACCAUUUGCCUUCUAUAAAUACCCAAACUAUUUGGAUUAGUGAGCAGCACCCUCUUUUAUGGUGAAAAUUAAAAUGAUUUAUUUAUUUCCUGACAUAUUCUCAGAUCAUCUCUAGGACUAAUAGGAAUCCAGUCCUGAUUUUAACUUGAAUUUCUUUUGUUUUACAUAUAUAUGUACAAUUUGAAUUAUUUUGAUUUUGUCUGUUACAUUGCAAAAAUUUGCACCAAGCCACUCUGAAUCAUGCAUUUUCCCUGUUGUUUUGCAUUUUAGGGACAAUUAAAGCUGGUGGCUUUACUUUGUAAGCUGAAGUAAACAAAACUUUUUCUGUAAACUACAGUGAGGGUCUGGUCAUAAGCGCCACUUUUACAGCCUUGUGAGAUGCACAGGGCUCUGCAACCCUUAUCUUUUACAAGCCGACUGGGUGAACCUGGAAGUGGUUGGGGAGCUGUGCCCUGCAACUGCACGUCAGCAGUGCGAGGCUGGCAUCAAAGGGCCAUGGGCACAGACCCAGGGGGUAGUGCUAAGUGGCUGCUGUCCACUGAGGAUGCUCUCACCCAACAGAGGCUUAGUCCCUUGGAAGCAAAGAGUAAAGACACUGUCCCCAGGGCAGAGCUGGGAUGUGAAAAAUGCUUACAUUUUGGGUACAGGGUUCUGGGUCUAGGGUUAUACUGUUUCACCAGUCACUAUGUCAAACAGCCGUGGUGGGAGCACAUGGCAGGUCUUUUUCACCCUUAUGGUCAUCCACUUGAGAAUAUCUUGGGGAAGGGCAUUCCAAGAAUGGGAAGAAGAGACUUCUCUCACCACCUCACAGAGUCUGGCUAGUACCUUCUAACUGGAUAUUUACCUAGACUGAGUCACUUCCCAUCGCUCUGAGUCUAUCUUGUCUUUUUUUACCUUAUUCUAUGACUUUAAUAUAUAUCAGUGGUUCCUGGAGCAGAAACAAUGAGUCUCCUGUCUAUCUGUCCCUAAGGGGCGCUAGACCCUUAAUAGUGAGGCCACUAUUAGAAGUAUUAAACCUGCUGUCUUUCUCAGGCCAAUGAAUUAACAUCUGUUUGCUUUGUGGUUGGAUAUAAGAGAUGAGAGGAUGGUAGAACCUGUUUGGAAGGAGAAGACUGACAGUGUAUGUGAAAAGUCCUGCUUAGGUGGUAUAUAUACUGUAUUUUCAAGAAACACCCUGCUCUAAUAAUUUGGGGUUUUUUUCAUUUGUUUGUUUUCGUUUGUUGAGGAUUGGAGAGGAGCUUCAAUGCGCAUUUGUGACAUUUCAGGGAUUCAGAGUGACUGUUCUUUACAAGUUUCAGUGAGUGCUGGGGGGGGGAGAGAGGAAGGGAUUUCUUGUAAUUUCCCCCCAUACUUAGUUUUUCCUCAGAAGGCAGUGAUGGGUAGCUCUUAAAUGAUAAACAUCACCGCAUUUGGUAGUGCUCUUCUGUUCAGCCUUGUGCUGGAUAUCACCAGUUUAGCUUUUGGCUCUUAAAUGUUAGGCAUCUUUCUUCCCUCAAGGCCCAGUGGCAAGUUCUGGUUAAAAGCAGUGGCUCAUCCUUAAUAGCACUGCAGCAAAAAGUUGCUGCCACCAUCUAGUCAUUACCCAUCAAAAAAAGUGUCUUCUGGUCUUUCAAAGUGCAGCUCUUUGAAAUGAAGAGAAACGUCAGAGUAAAUGAGGGCUGGCAGCAUUUUCCAAUGGCCCCCUCCUAGCUUAUUAAGAUGUGUAAGCUUCUGUGAACAUGAUGCCCACAAUUUUCAGCCCAACAAACAGAAAUCCCCAUCUUAAAAAGCUUAUUUCUAUGACUUUCCCCAGUGCUUAAUCUAAUCCACUGUCUGUCUGCAUCACUGUUGCCAUCCUCCUCUGCUUGGGGUUUACAACGUGGAGUGGGAACCAGGUAAGAUUUACACCCCUCUCAUCUUUUUUUUCCCUAAUUAUCAUGAUUGGCUCGUUCACCUGCAGAGACCGUUAUGCCUUCAGAGGGCAGCAGCGGGCCUCUAUCCACACCUCCUUUGACUUAGUAAUGAUUAUGAAGAGUCAUCUCUGUAUAAAAUAAUAAGUGAGGGUGUAUUCAGCAGUAGUUGCUCCUAUCUGUAGAGGCACAGAAAACAAACAUUUUGGGUUAGCAACAUUCAUGCUCAUAGUAUAUCCUUUCAACCUAUAUGCUAUCCUCCACCUUCCUGAGACUCCUAAUCGUUGACCUUUUUCUAACUGAAGCUGAUAAAGCCUCAAUAUUUGGGAUCUGUUCCAUACGGCAAAGUGUCUGCAAAUGUAAUCAGUGGAAAUCAAUGAACAGAAGAUCAUGACUGCCCUACAGGGCUCACUUGCCAGCAGCCAAAGUUUUUCCAACCAUAGGAGUGUGUGAAGUCCAAACUGGGAGACAGAAACCAGUUCAGGAUUUUUUAAGGGUGUCUUUAAAUCAUGACAAAUCAUGGGUAUCGAAUGCUACUAGAAGGCUUUGCAGUCACCCCUUCAUAAAACAGGCAGUUGUGUCAAAAUGCUCGCUGAGAUUGAGCUUCUGAAGUGUCAAAGCAGACUUGCAUCUAACAGGCAGGGUAGCCUUCAGUGAAGGGGGUAGCUACCUGUGGAAAUGGGACAAAUGUGACUAAUGUGGUUUUGCUACUGAUGCUGGAAUCUUCUUUUGCUUCACACAAAUAAUGUAUCUGGCUCACAGGUGUGAAUGUGCAUCCAGGUCGCCCUUCUGGUUGAACAAAAGCAACAGAAAGAAAGCCUGAGUUUGUGGCUUUUCUUUUCCAGAACAAACUGAUACCACGUGAAAGAGGCGGGGAGAAAAAGUGUAAUUUUGUUUGUGGAAAGCCUUGUCAGAGUAAAGAAAUUCUGCAAAGACAAAAAUAAAAAAAUAACAUUCCCUGCUAGAUGCCAGCUUGCAGAAGAGGCAUGAAAAGCAGAGUGUGAUGAAGCCUGGCAUGUAGCAUUGCAGCCACAGUAAACUUGGAGCAGCACAGUGAGCUGAGGGAGGCUGAGAUGGAAGGUCUCAGCUGAAAAUAGAGAGCUCUUAUGAUGCAGGCAAAGAGCAAAAGGCUGAGACCAAAGUAAAAAAACUCUACAUCUCAACCCUUACAUGGAGUUUGAGUCCUAAAUUAAAAGGAAAAUCAUACUUGUGAGCUAUUAAGAAAACUUUCAACAAAUUACAAGGAUCAAACCCUGUCAAUUUUGGUAAUGACUUGCAAGAAAAUGAUCUCUUAAGAAACGGAAGUUUUAGGUGUCCUUACAUUAGACUUGUGUAAAUACUCCUGCAAAGAGGUAUGUUCAGUGUCAAUUACAGUGGUCAAGAAGCACUGACAGCAGGACAAUUGACUGGUAAUGUGCUUUGGAAGACAUCAGACAUAAAUUUGUUUGAAAAUAAUGCCCCUCCCCCAUGCCAUCCUUCCUGUGCUACAGCUAAAAAUAAAUUAAUUAAAAAGCACUGAUGAUUCCAUCAGAAGCAGCUGAUUGGUCUGAUGCACUUUCUGUAUAAAUAACUAGAUUAAUGUAUGCUAGUUUGUGCUUAGUCUUGUGGGUUAUGUCCCACCUAAUCCAGGAGAAAAUUGUUCAUGAGCUGGGUGUCCUUGCUUUACUGCAUAUAACUGAUGUUGACGAGGAGCACAGUGGUGGCAUCAGUAAGUUCUGCAGCUAAGCAUGUGUUGAAGAGGAAAAGGGAGUUUUUGGAGCCAGGGAAACCCGUGGAUGGGCUGAGAGACCAGACAGGAGCUGGCAGAUCCCACGAACACAGUUGACACAGUGGGGGCGUUCCUGAAAGGAACCGUGGGAGAUUUAAAUGGCCCUUAAGGGAACACUGUGACCAGAAGUGUGGCAAACAAGGUGUGGUGCAUCAGUUUGUGUGUCAGUUCUUUGCACAUCAGUUUGCAUGUCAGUUUGCGUGAGCAGGGCUCUGUCCCAGGCACCUGAGAACAGCAGGAGCUGUGGUAUCCACCCAGAAAAAGGCUGUGCCCUCAGUGUCCCAUAGCCCAUCCAGUUGCAAGGACAGAUGCAGCCACCCUAACAGAUUCUUUAGAGAACAUGCUGCUGUCCAGGUCCCAGAUUGCAGGGUUUGCGCAAUUUUUGGGUCAGUAUCAGAUAACAACAGCAAGGUAACCUGUGGGAGAUGCACCCAAGAGAAGGAACUGCUCAGCCUGGUGAUAGAGCUUUGGGAGGAGGUGUGGGACCAGGUGGUGAUUGUUAACCAAAACCAAUGAAGAUCUUAUUGCCUUAAUGGGCAAGAAGCCACGAGAUUAAUGGGCAGAAGCAAGGACACAGAGGAGGAGGAAACCACUGGCUGAAAAUUGUUGCUAAGAGCUGUAGGUAUUUGUGCUAAAAACAGACUAUGCAAAGUUGGGAAACAAGAAAGCACAGCUGAGCUAUGUGGGCAACUGGAAAAGCACUGCCUCAAUGAGGCAAGGGUAUA